CCCAUGGUUUAAACUUGGCCUACCAGGCUAUCUCGGCAAUGUUUUGAUACAAGAGAGUUGGAAGUCGCCACUCCUUGAGCCUCCAACUCGAUCCCCGUUUUUUUCUUCUACGUUAACAAUGCCCAACCACUCACUCAAUCAGCCCUGACUUAGUCUCACCGGUUAUCAAAAAUGAACAUGGCAGACUUUCCGCCCGACGAUAGACUGUCGCUACGUCCGGCAACAAUGGACGACCUCGACGACAUUACAAGUGUCGCUCAACAAGGAUUCCCUGACGAUCCCGAGUUUGAUUAUCGAUUCCCAUACCGACACGAAUACCCAGAGGACCAUCGGGAAUGGGUUCGACAGGAGUACUUGGAAUACCUCAAACAACCCGAGAAGUACGCCGUGACCAUCAUCACUUCUGCUGAUAACCAACACAAGACUGUGUCUCUAUCUGUGUGGGACAUAGCUGUGACCACAAUUCAUCAAGGAGGCGAUCUAGGAAUCCCUGAUGAUCCCCAGGCUAAGCCCCGUCGGAAAGAUGCAAACCCGGCACAUUUCCGACAGUUCAAGAAAACCAUGGACGAGGGCUUUCAACAAUACUUACGCAGGUAUGGCGAUAAUCAGAUCCACUUGUGGUUGUUAUGCACACAUCCGUCUUUCCGACGCCGAGGAGCAGCAACGAGGCUAUGUCGGUGGGGUGUAGAACGAGCGUCGCUGCAGUCAUUGUACACCACCGUCUUGGCGAGUCCAAUGGGGAAGAAACUGUACGAAGAGCUGGGCUUUUUUCUUGACGGUUCGUUCAAGAUUAAGGUUGAUAGCGAGCCGGAAUCCCUGGAAAUCUGGGCCUUGAGACGUCCACACGUUGAAUCGCAAGUGCGGUUCUUUUCGUGGGUUCUUCGCAAGCUGGGACUUUCAUAAGUCGAGAAUCCCAGUAGAGCAGUUCUUAGGAAUAUUUGACCGCUGUACAGCACAUAUCUGGUGACCUUAGCUGUCGAUACAAAAUAAUUCAAAUCUCAAGCUAAUGAUUGAUUAGAGCUUAAUACAAUGCCUAGGCAAACUGGUAGGCUGAUCAAUCGUGGUGGUCUCAAGCUUUGGUGCAAGGCUCACACCCCGCCGACAAUUGCCCACUGACUAGCUCUAUUUGAUGGCGGUGGAUCGCAGCUCCCC